AUGUCGAAUCUUGGCAUCUUCUGGCCACAAGGCGAGCUUGACAGACAGCUCACGGCGCCUGCCACCUGCGCUCCUGCGCAGGCGGGCAUACAACCCUCGGGCUUUCGACUCCGCAGAUGCCGUCUGAGGGGUGUCGACUUUGAAACGGCUCAACUCGCGACACACCCAACUGUCUCUCCCUCAGCCGUUGCAUUGCAAGGUGUCCUUGUGCUUUACGAUCGCCGGAUCUGA